AUGAAUGAAAAAUUAUUGGAUGAAAUAUGCUGCAAUGCUCCGCUUUGGAAUAAAGAUUUAGAGGAACUGGUUACUAGGCCAUACAAUUAUUUAAGUAAUAACACUAGUGGUAAAAAUUUUAGAACUCUUUUAAUAAAAAAUUUUAAUGAGAUAUAUUAUCAUUUACCCCCAGAUAAAGUAGAAUUAAUAUGUUUAGUUGCAGAAAAAUUACAUAAUGCAAGCUUAAUUAUCGACGAUAUUGAAGAUAAUUCAGAACAGAGAAGGGGUUUAAAAACUUGUCACUUGGUCUAUGGUAUUGCUGGAAGUUUAAAUAGCGCAAACUAUGCUUAUUUUGAGGCAUUACAAUUAUUAAUUGAUUAUAAUAAAUUAAUCGAUCGUAACGAUUUAAGAUUAUUAACAAUAAUUAAGAUUUUUAAUGAAGAAUUAUUGAAUUUACAUAGGGGACAAGGCUUGGAUAUAUACUGGAGGGACUAUAUGAUACGUGUAAAAGACCUGAUCCCCAAAGAAAUUGAUUAUUAUAACAUGGUUAUGAACAAAACGGGUGGACUAUUUAGGUUAAUUAUCAAAUUAAUGCAAUGCUACAUUAGGCCUGAAGAGGAAAAUAUUAAACAAAACGAGGAAAAUGUGCAUUUUUGUAAUUUAUUAGGUAUCUUAUAUCAAGUCAAAGAUGAUUAUUUAAACUUAAUUGAAACUACGGAGGUUUCUAUCAAUAAAGGUACUUUUGCAGAAGAUAUAACCGAAGGCAAAUUUUCAUUCCCAAUAAUUCAUGGCAUAAACUAUGAGUUGGAGAGAGAAAAUUCCUCCUUUAUUUACAACAUAUUAAGAUCAAAGACAAAAAAUCCAGAAACUAAAAGAAAGGUACUUGAUUAUUUGAAAAAUGAAUCAAAAAGUUUGGACUAUACAAAAGAUAAAAUUAUAGAAAUUGGGGAGCUUAUUAAAAAGAAAUAUUUAAGCGAUACCAAAAAGUUCCAGAAAUUAAUUCAAAUCAUUGAUAAGUUAAUAUAUGGAAAAUAA